AUGAAUGACCUUGCAGCCAGCUUUGGCAUUAAAGAGAGCUUUAUUGGUGAUUACACCCUCCUGAACACCAUUGGCAAGGGAUCCUUUGCCAAGGUGUGGUUGGCCUGCCACGUGUUGACAGGGACAGAGGUGGCUGUCAAGGCCAUUAACCAGUGUGACAUAACUAGAUAUUUUGAAGAAGCCCAUUGCCUUAAGAGCUUAAAUCACCCAAAUAUAACAAAAUUAUUUGAGGUGAUUGCCACCGAGGAGAAACUUUAUCUCAUUAUGGAGCACGUGAGCGGAGGGGACUUACUUGACUACCUGGAAAAUCACGGCCCCAGGAGCGAGAGGGAAGCCCAAGCCAUGUUCCGGCAGCUCAUAUCAGCGGUUCAGUACUGCCACGGGAAGGGAAUCAUCCACCGGGACCUGACGCCAGACAACAUACUGAUUGAUGGUGAGCGGAAUAUCAAACUCGCAGAUUUUGGCUUUGGUCGGGAAUUUACCAAUUAUAAACUGACCACCUACUGUGGCACCAUACCCUACAUGGCCCCAGAGAUAAUGCAGCAUCAAAUCUAUAAUGGCCCGAAGGUUGAUGCCUGGAGCCUGGGCGUAGUUUUGUAUAGGAUGCUGGUGGGAGAUUUGCCGUUUGUAGGGGACACCUUUGGGGAAAUAAAGAAGAAGAUACUGCAUGGGAAAGUCCGUAUACCACGCCAACUAUCCGAAGAAGGUCAAAAACUUUUAAAAAAAUUAUUGAUCCUUGACCCCAGGAGAAGACCAACCCUUGAAGACAUAAUGAGUGAUCCAUGGGUCAACAUGGGCCAAAAGGAGGAACUAAGGCCAUAUAGUGAGCCACCUGGGGGUGACAUUGACCCCCAGGUGACAGAAACAAUGAAGAGCAUGGGAUUUAGGGAGCACGAGAUUCAGGAGUCCCUGACACAGAAAAAAUAUAACAGGGUGAUGGGAACGUACCUGAUCCUUAAAACAUCGAAAACCCAGAUGAAGGGCCACACCAUCCAAGUGAGGCCCAGGCCCUCCCCUGACCCCAGCAGCAGGAACAGGACAGAAGAGCCUGCAGUUCCCUCAAGCUGCCUGGGGUCAAGGACGACCACUCCCCAACCCGGCCUGGCAUCCAGCUCCUCUUCCUCCAGCAGCCAGGAAGAGAGGAUGAUGGUUCCCCCACCUAGCCUGGCAUCCAGGACAAGCACUUCCCUGCCCAGCCCAGAGUCUGGGACGGCCACCCCCAGCCAGGCCCUCCCUCAUGGCCCUGGGGGCUUGCCCACCACCCACAGCAGAGGCAGCUCCAGCAGCAGUAGAAGAGCCUCAGAUGGAACCACCGCUGAGGUCUGCUUCCAAACAGCACAGCCCAUUGGUGGGACCCCAGUCUCUACCUCUGGCCACAGGCAGGAUUGGCAGGGGGUGGCUCAGAGAGCCUUCAAGCUUUUCUUAAAAUGCCCGUGCUGUGAGCCGUCCACCAAGCAGGGUCACAAAAGGACCAAAGUCAAGCCCGAAUAA